UAUACCUCAAUCUGACUAACAUUUAGUCUAAUAGAGGGUACAGACGACUUCCACUUGCUAGGGUAUUCUCUUCCUUGUGUGUCAUUUUUUCAAUGUAUAUAUAGUUACAUACGUUAUCUUAAAACAGGUGUGGACAUUAGUUUUAGAAAUAGAAGUACCUAUAGCUGACGUGAAAAUACAUGUAUAAUAAUUAAACAAUAAUGUCCAUGACAAUGCUGUGUUUGGAUUUAAUCUACAUAGUUUGAAGCCUAUUACAACAGUUUUUACUUUAAAAAGGUAAAAAAAAAGUUGUAAUAACGUCUACAGAAUGUACAGGAAUACAGUGCUCGUAAAGGUUUAUGUUGUUAAUGAGUGAGCUGUUAUUUGUUCAACAGACGUGUUUGCACACAUCAGUUUACCCGAAUCUCAAAGAUACUUUGUGUAGAGGAAAUGAUUUGUGAUACACCUACAUAUAUAUCAAUCAUUGCGAAUGGUAGUUCGAACUUACAUAUCAACGAUGUUACGGAGACUACAAAGAACCUUAACUAAAAGCGGGAAGCGAGCAGGGGCGGAGGUAAAGGUUCACCAUCUGACUGAGGAGCCUACCAGGGCUUGGGAAACCAUCAACAAUUCACAAACUGUCAUACAGGUGACACAAAUGCCCCAUGACACACAAAUAUCCUCCAAGGAACUACGUAUAGUGUGUGUAUCUGACACGCAUGUAUUGGUAGAGGAUGUGCCCAAUUUUAUACCUCCUGGGGAUAUCCUUAUUCACGCGGGGGACUUUGGUCACGGCGGUGCACCUGUACAAGUAAAGAGGUUCAAUGAUUUCUUAGGUACACUACCGCAUUCUGUGAAGAUUGUUAUAGCUGGUAACCACGACCAAAUGUUUGAUGAAAGAAUUGUUAGACAUAAGGGCUUCGUUUGCCAACUGAUCUUCCUAACAGAAACAGAGCUGGACACGCAGCUGCAAAACUACGGCGUACAAAGUUGCAGGGAUAUACUGACUGAAUGUGUAUAUCUAGAGGACUCGUCCAUCAAAAUCUGUGGCGUGAACUUCUACGGUUCACCAUGGCAGCCGAAGCACGGACGUGUUCCGGGGGCUUUUAGGUAUGAAAGGGGACAACAGGGACUUGACAUAUGGAACAAAAUACCCAAUGAAACAGAUAUUCUGAUAACGCAUGGGCCACCAUUGGGGCACGGCGAUUUAGUGGACUAUUCCAGGGAUAACCAUUGCGGAUGUGUGGAACUUCUGUCCACUGUCCAGCAGCGGGUUAAACCGGAAUAUCAUGUCUUCGGCCAUAUACACGAAGGUUAUGGUGUAACUACGGACCGCAAGACCACGUACAUCAACGCAUCGUCAGUAGAUCGGUGGUACUCAGACCUUAACAAACCAAUCGUGUUUGACUUCCCAAUACCUAAAGGACAUUCUAAAGAGGAACUUGCUCACGUCAAGCCAUGCCAUUUAAUCAGGAACAAAGUCCGAAGAUUUCCGGCAGAUUGAUGAGAUAUAUAUACAAAUCAGUGUCAAUUAAAAAAAAGCUGUUUUUUGGUUUUCUCUUUCUUUGUGCCAUGUAAAUGAUAUAUGUGACAGUAAAGAUGGCAACUAUUUAUCUUUUAUUGAAAAUUAAAUACAGUGUAUACAAGUAUUACGGAUUGCUUAAAGAUCUGGGAUUGUAUUGCCUUCUAACUCUUGAAUAAAGCUGCUGUGUUUUAGCAAAACAUGGUGUUAACAGUAUUAACAUCAAAAUAAACAUUACUAAAAUAAUUUUUUAAAUGUGCUUGCAUAAAACAUAAACAUCGAAUAGUCCAAUAAAUAGUAAAAUAAC